UAUGUAGUGUAUUGUAGCCAUUAGUUGAACAGAAAAUACUGUUGCACACUUACACUUAGAAUCCCAUCUUUUAUUCACCAUCUCACCCUCCAUACUCACACCACUUCCCUGACUCAGCUCUUAAAUGGCAGUGUUUGUGAAUCCAUUUUGUUUGUGUUUUCACCUCUAUAAAGUGCAACACACAGAUUUGUCUGUGAGUAAACGAGCGAGAGAUCAGUAUUAUUCAGGUCUUGAGGAAAAAAGGCUAAGCAGACUCAUUUCUUUCUAUGUUAAGUGUGUUAGCAAGGUUAACCACAUGAGGGGGGUGGGAGAUGGAGGAGGAGAGAAUGAGAAAACAAAAAUAAGUUGAGAACAUGUGAGCAAGUGAAAGUGCAACAUCAAAUGUCAAGGUGUGUAGUCGAGUGUGGUAGAGGCAGGUAAAGCAUCGACACAAUACAUACUUCUGACGGAACAGCGAAAUACUAUCUCGCUAAGGUACGAAGUCUGCAUUAGGAUUUUUUUUUACCCUGUCAUUUUUCAUCAAUAAGAUAAAUUGUUGAGCAACGUAGUUAGACUGUGAAAGGACAAUCUGUUGGCACAAGGUUACAACAUGAAGAGAUCUGUGGAGUUUCUGUCGGGCUGAAGGGAAGCCACAUAAAGUCACAGCUACUUUGAAAAGAGCCAUAUAGGGCCUAUUAACAUCUGGGAUGAUGAGGGGAUUGGAAGAUCAGGAUGAGAAGGAUGCCUCUCACAGAGGUGUGAGUGGCACGGUGAGGACAGAGAAUGAGGUUACUGACGGAGUUUCAAGGAGGCCCCUGACUCUGCUGGACAGGUUGCGACUGUGUCAGGACGCCUGGGCCCCUGGGGGCCCCUGGGAUAGAGACGGUGCCCAUGCUGCCCUCUGGGGCCGGCCUGCUGGGAGCUUCCUGGUGUUGAGGGACUCUGCCUCCCAGCCCGUCCUGCUGUGUGUGGCCACUGGAGGAGAGAGUGGACAUGUCAGAGACAACCCCAUACAUCGCACUGGUGCAGCUUAUCAGCUAUCUCAGUCAUUUUUAGGGUUCUCUGAUCUGGCCCAGUUAGUGGUGUUCUACUCUAUGAGCAGGGACGUGUUGCCAGUGUGUCUGUUCAUCCCUCCGUGGCUCUACAGUCUAACAGAUCAGCCACAGUCCAACAGUCUGUCCCAGCUGGGUCCCAAAUCCUGGCUGUGUCCCACCUCUGACCUCCAGCCUGAUCACAUGACUCAGAGGGCUCCUGGUACUGCCAUGUGCACCAUACAGCUGACAGCAGCCAAUGGUGCUCUGUGCAUCAUCAACCCACUCUAUCUUCAUGAGCAUGGCGAUGACUGGCUGACCCAUCAACCAACCAGCCCACAGCGAGUUAAUCGGACAGCGAAUUAUAGGCGUGAGAGACGACUGAGUACAACAAGACCUUGGUCAGGGUCGGGCCUUCUUACUAAGAGAGCUAUCUCAAUGGAGCAGGAGUCCUACAGCUCCAGGUCUGAUAAUCCAGUUCAGGCUACCCCGUCUCCCCCCACCCCAAUAGGAGGGGUGGUUAUGAGGAGGCCCAGUAGGGAUGCUUCCAUUGAGUCACUCGACAGAACCUGGACCCAGGACCGCACUACCAGGCCCCCCUCAGACCCAAAGCCCCUGUUCAGCCCUGCCCCUCAGUCCCCUCACAGGGUGUCCUGGGUUGAGGACAGGGUAUGGCUCUCCAAACCGCCACCCCCCUCCCUCCUCCGCCCCCCCUCCCUGGAGAUGGACUCGCUGUCAAUCAGCAGCAUGGAGGAGGAGCCGGAGUCGGUCACCACCCCUUCCCACUCCCCCCACCCCUCGCAUCGUUUGGCCGACAAGGUGAAACACCGCCUCUCGGCUGUGGGCCUGGCCAUUGGUGGACUGGGGUCUCCACAGAAGAGGAUGACCAAGCGGGUGCAGGAGCUCAGCAAGCGGAGGGGCGGUUUGUUUGCCGAGGCAGUGAUGGGAUUCGUUGAGAUGACCCUGGGGGCGGCGUUUAUCCCUGGAAUGACAGGUGCGGACCUGCUUCAGGAGGUGCGUACGGCUCUCACUGCCCUGAGAGAGACACUGCUGGACUGUCCUGAGAUACACAUCCUCAUAGACAGUAUGGCAGACACACCCGAUGGGGAGCUGGAUGCCAUACUGGAGCUCUCCCUACACAAGGUGGCCCUAAAGCCUGUGAGCGCCCACCUGUACACCUGCCUCCAGAGCUGUUGGGACCAUGACGGUAGCCUGCGGAAGCUGAGGGAAAACCAGCGGCUCCUGGAAGGCCGGGGGGUGGAGGAGCUGGAAGGGACACCUGGGGCGGGGGUCCCUGACCAUGUCACCCUGGAGAAGAUCCAGCAGAGGUGGUCAGCCAUGCACCAGUCUUACUCCCCCAGCAGGAAGGUCCAUAUCCUGCUCAAGGUCUGCAAGACCAUCUACCACAGCAUGACGUCCAAUGCCAACCCAGGAGUGGUGUAUGGGGCUGAUGACUUCCUGCCGUGUCUGACCUGGGUGCUUCUGCGUAGUGAUGUGGUCACUCUGCAGCUGGACACUAACUACAUGAUGGAGCUACUGGACCCCACACAGCUGCAGGGAGAGGGAGGUUACUACCUGACGUCCCUGUAUGCUUCUCUUUUCUACAUCAGCAGCUUCCGCCCUCGUCUCGUCACGCGCCAGCUCAGCACCGAGGCCCAGCAAUCGCUGAGCCAAUGGCAUCGCAGGCGCACCCUGCACUGCAACCAGUCACGACGCAGCAUGAAUCGGAGGACCCUCCGGAGACCUGGGCACAGUGAGAAGGGCAGGGAAAACUCCAGUUACGCAGAGAUGGAAACUGGCACAGGAAGUGUAACUGAUGCCCCACCGGCGCCCUCUAGUGUUGUGGCCAAGGCAUUGCACAUAAUCUCAGAGGUGGUGGUCGCAGUGAGGGAGGAAGAGGGCAGCAGAGCAGAGGGCCAAGGAUCCCCAGCUCCACAACUCCAGGCCUCGCCUCGGAAGGAGAAACCGAUUACAGUAGAAGAGUUGGACGGACAUCCAGCAGGGAGUGAGGUGGACUGGGAGGGAGGGGUCAGACCAUGGAGGUGUGUUGUAGAGGGUUUAGAGAGUGAGGAAGGGCAAGCUAGUCUCCAUAGGGUCCAUGAGGAACUCUGUGCCAGGUCAGUGGAGCUAGAUGACCAGACAGACACACAGAUAGGUCAGCAGAGGUCAGAGUGGACUGGGCUGCCAGUGGGAGACUGAUGACCCAGAGGAGCCAGUCUGUCUAGAACCCUGGGCUUUGCCUGCAAACAUAUUGUAAUGUAAACUUGUUGAGCAAAACAUUUAUUUUACAAUUCCUGGUUUCAGUUGCAUUGAAAUUCACCCAAUAAGGCAUGAAGAUAAUGGUCUGACUAGGCUGAAAUUAGGUAAUUUGAAAUAUGUGCUUUAAAAUUUUUGUAGAAUAUAUUUCCCACGAGUGUUGCAAAUUGUGACGUUUGUAAUAUUUUCAUUGUAAUUCCUUAGAGAAAUUACUCUCAGUGGGGCCAAUUAAAUGGUCCAUUUGGGGCAAAUGAUGGAGGCUAGGCCAUCAGCAGGCUGGCUCCAUGGUUAGAACACUUGAUGUAUUUUACAUGUUGACCACUAGGUUGCAGUACCACACCUUUUCUGUCUGUUUCGUCUUGGUUGCAGUAGUAGUCAAGCAUGAUAACAGUGGAGCUCGUAAGCAUAAGGAUGUUGAGAAAGGGAGAGAAAUGUGUUGAGAUGCCUGAAAUAACAGCUAUAACGAAAUGACUGUUGAUCUGUAUUAUGUUGUGUGUAAUAUAUACUCUGAUUUUAA